AUGUCCGAUGUCAGAGAUGCCAUCUCAGAUAUAGCCAACGGCGUAGACGCCCACACCUCCACGCAGACUUCCGAUACCCCAGACACUGCAGAGCCUCUGUUGCAGCCACGACCCCCUCGGCGUUCACGGGCGGCGUCCAGAACAAGCCUUGUGCCUCACGAUGUCAAGGACGAGGAACUUCCAUUGAACCGCUUCCACGACGCAGCAUUUCAAAACGCCUUUGGCGAUGCGAAGGCCCUGAUGUCUCAGUUAGUCGAUGUCUUGGAAGGUAGUCCUCUCCACAUCAGCCCUGACUCCACCAUCAAGAAACUGCAUCGUCAAGCACAAGAAUUGUCUCGUUUUCAGUGUCCGUCAACUCGAAUCGUAGGUCUCGUUGGGGACUCUGGUGUUGGGAAAAGCAGCGUUCUGAAUUCGCUUCUGGACCAAGAGGGAUUAGCCAGAACCAGCAACAGCGGAGCUGCGUGUACUUGUGUUGUUACCGAAUAUCACUACCGUACCGGAACCAGCUUCCUCGUCGAGGUGGAGUUAUUCACGUACGAAGAACUCAAGAUGCAAGUUUCAGAACUGCUGCAGUCUUACCGACUUUUUCACUUGCACGCGGGUGAAAUGGAUACCCACGAGGUCAGCGAUUCCGGAGAGCAAGCUGGUGUCGCUCGCGAUACCUUCCGAGCAAUGUUCCGAGGUCGGCUUGAUAGUGAGGAUUUCCUAACAACAGAGCCGGAGGACCUUGUGUCGUCAACUCUGGAAUCAUGGCUGAAUGAAGUGAUUCCAAAUGUCGGCGGUGGGCAUACGAUACACACUCUUGAAGAAUGCUCGAGCCUCUUGAUGCGGCUGACGUCCGAGGUGGCGGGGGUACGUGGGCCUGCAGUUUGGCCUUUUAUUCGAAAGAUCAAAGUGUCUCUCGACUCUCAUAUCCUGAGCAAGGGACUUGUGCUCGUGGAUCUGCCUGGGCUUCGGGACUUGAACUCGGCGCGUAGACGUAUUACGGAGCGAUAUCUGAUCGAGUGCGACGAAAUUCUUGCCAUUUGUAACAUAGGGCGUGCAACCACCGACGCUGGCGUUGCAAGCGUUUUCCAACUCGCAGAGAAGGCGGGCUUGUCCAACGAUAUCCGCGCCACGGAGGCGAAGAAGGACUGGAAAGGCCAGCAUGCAAAACGAAUACAACAAUUAAGCGACGCAGUUACAACCACGCAGAUUCAGAUUGACGAGAAGAACCUUCAGCUGGCGGAUUACGAAGACGAUGAGCUGACGGAAAAGGAAAAGGACGAAUGGAUCAAAAUACAACACGGGUUAAGAAAAGAAAGGAAGACUCUGCAACAGAAGAGAUUUGAACUCAAGCAGUAUCUCAUCGAGACUCGAAAUGUGGCUGUCACUAGACAGCUCCAAGUUGAAUACGGCGACAAGGUGCCGUCCGGCGUUUUGCGCGUGUUCUGCGUGAGCAACACCGACUACUGGGCGAAGCGCAGGCUAUCGCGGGACGAGGCGCUCCCCUCGCUGCGACUGAGCGGCAUCAUCACGCUGCGAAAACACUGCCUCGCCAUCAUCGCAGACACUCAGCUUACAAUCGCCACCAAAUUUGUCGUCAAUGACAUCCCGGCUUUGAUCGGCGACGUCGCGCUGUGGAUUCAGUCCGGCGCCGGAAGUGCGGAUGCAGAGCAGAAACGAAUUGUCCGCGAGACUCUUGAUAAUGUUGAUCGUCGGCUCAGAAGGGCCUUGCUGGGGCGAGGAUCAGACCUAAGCCGUAUCGGCAAGAUGAUCAAAGGAGAGUUCAAAACUCGUGUCUAUGACGAGCAACGCAUUGGUGAGUGGAGUGAGGAAGCCGUCGCCGCUGGCGAUGACUGGAAAGACUGGCAUUCGAUGAGCUACGCUGCGUUCUGUCGCAAGUAUGGUAACCACUGCACUGACAAGAUUGGAUAUCGCGACUGGAACGCAGAGAUCAUCUCCGGCAUGGUCGCGAACCUGACUCCAAAGUGGGACCGACUCUGUUCAUUCUUCGUGAACGAACUGGAGAGAAACGUCACACUUGUCGAUUCUGCUGUUGAUCAGGCACUUGAGUACAUUGAAGCAGAGUUUGAAACCUUCCCACGAUCGGCCGUGACUAUCAGUCAAGCGCUGCUUUCCCGCAAGGCUAUCCUCACCUCCAAGGUGCAAGCUUUGUGCGAUAAUUUCAGCGUUGACCUCGGGACUGUUCGAAUCGAUGCUCUUACCGGAAUUCGGACCUCUCUCAUAGGAGAAGCAAUGGAAAGAUCGUACAGAUCCUGCAACCACGAGUUCGGAGGCGGAAGCGACCAGAGACGGAAGAAAAUCAUCAAUGACACGAUCAAGCGACACGACCUUUUCCAGACACACAUGCGAGACUUCAGAAGACGAGUGGAUGCUUUGGCCGAUGAACUGCAGGCCAGUAUAGAGGCUAACAUUCAAGUUAACCUCAUUGUUAUCGAGGCGUCUUUUGACCUGAUCAGAAACGAGAACAUAGCGACGGAAAGCGAGGGAAACCCGGUGCUCAGGCGCCGCUUGGGUGAUGAGAUCGCCACGGCUGAGGAACAGCUAGGACGUAUCAAGGAGGCUAUGCAUUUGUGA